ACAGCGAUAACAAUGCAAGAUUAGUGUAAUCGGCAUUACCGAAGGUAUCGUUUUUUCCAGCUCGUACUUCUUUUUUGCAGAUAUUCCAAAUGAAAGGUUGAAGUUAUAAUUCCAAGUGUGUAGCAGACAAAUCUGAAUAUAUUGACGGAAGAGUCGGAGUUGCGUUACUUUAUUAUUUUUGGUGUCUCCUUAAAGUUGUAAAAGGAAGUGGCACGUUUUAUAUCGUUUUGCGAAAUAUUGUUAUCGACAAAUUUUCGUCAUAUUGUAACUUGUGCAAGUAUUUAAUUUUGUACGGAUGUGAUUACGUUGCUGAAAGGCGUCAUAUCAGUGGUUUUGUGUUGUGGAAAUCCCAAAGCUCUGCUUAUUCUAAUAACAAAUCAAAAGCAAAGGCUGUAUUUGGGAAAAUUUAUACUAUCAAUAUUCAGGGGCUUAGGACGAAAAUCUCCUUGUUUUUGGAAACAUUUAACUUCUGAUUAUUUCGUAGACUUCUCUGUACUUCAAAAAUGACCCUACCAAGCGCUGCCCGAGUCUAUACAGAUGUGAACGCACACAAGCCAGACGAGUAUUGGGAUUAUGAGAAUUAUGUAGUAGAUUGGGCUAACCAAGAUGACUAUCAGCUCGUUCGAAAGUUGGGUCGCGGCAAAUAUUCAGAAGUAUUUGAAGCUAUAAAUAUUACAUCUACUGAAAAGUGUGUGGUUAAAAUCCUGAAACCAGUGAAGAAGAAGAAAAUUAAGCGUGAAAUAAAAAUUUUGGAAAAUUUGCGUGGUGGCACUAACAUUAUCACGUUACUGGCGGUUGUGAAAGACCCAGUUUCACGUACACCGGCUUUGAUUUUCGAACACGUAAACAACACUGAUUUUAAGCAAUUAUAUCAAACGCUAACGGAUUAUGAGAUUCGCUAUUAUUUGUUUGAACUGUUAAAGGCUCUAGACUAUUGCCAUAGUAUGGGUAUUAUGCAUCGCGAUGUAAAACCUCAUAACGUUAUGAUUGACCACGAAAAUCGCAAAUUGCGAUUGAUCGAUUGGGGUUUAGCAGAAUUUUAUCACCCAGGUCAAGAGUACAACGUACGCGUAGCCUCGCGCUAUUUUAAAGGCCCGGAGUUGCUUGUUGACUACCAAAUGUAUGAUUAUUCGUUAGAUAUGUGGUCUUUGGGCUGUAUGUUAGCCUCUAUGAUUUUUCGUAAAGAGCCAUUUUUUCACGGACACGAUAACUAUGACCAACUAGUGCGUAUCGCCAAGGUGCUGGGCACUGAAGAACUAUAUGCCUAUCUAGAUAAAUACAAUAUUGAGUUGGACCCUCGGUUCCACGAUAUUUUACAGCGACACUCACGUAAGAGGUGGGAAAGAUUUGUUCACUCGGAUAAUCAACAUCUUGUUUCACCAGAGGCCCUUGAUUUUCUUGACAAGCUCUUGCGUUAUGAUCACGUUGAACGUUUGACUGCACGUGAGGCAAUGGGGCAUCCAUACUUUUUACCAAUUGUUAACGGUCAAAUCAAAGCUAGCAAUCAACAAUAGAAUUAAGUACCGUAACAGAGCAUAAUGUUUGGAAAGCUAUAUUCAAAGGUCGGAAUGAAAAGUAAAAAGUACUCUCCCGGAAGCCAACCUAAUACUAUGAAGAAUAUGGGAGCGCGAAUUGUCUUCAAAAAUAAUGAGGAAACUAAUAAAUUUUAAUGAAAUAUGGAAUUAUACAUAAUCUAUUUAAUACAAUAACAGAAUAGAAUAAAAUAUAUAAAAACAGAAAAUAUAAUGUACUGAUUUCAAAUCAA